AUGUCGUCUGAAAAGCUUCUGAAUGAAAUGCCCGUUGUCUUGUCAGCUGUUAUGGAUCCCUUGGAUUUCCGAUCAAUUAUGAUGAUGAGAAAAGUUUGUCAUGAUUUCCGAGUUUUUAUUGAUAAAGUCGCUCCAUCUUCUUCUAAGACAAAAAUCCUUCUCACAGUGCGGCCAUAUGACGUUGAGUUAAUUCUGGAAGAUUCGGAAACUGAAGUUCGGUAUGAUAAGAUACUCCUGAACCAUCAGUCUCUAAAAUCUUUCACGCUUCAAUACGAGUCACGUUACGAAUCCGAGGAAUUGAAGUGCUGGUUCGAGAUAUUAUUUGACGGUAUUAUCAGGGAAAGGACUUGGUACAAAAGAAUUCCCGGAACCGAGGACAAUUUUCUAGUUAUGAUACCCCAUUAUGCAAGUGAAUUCAUUAUGCAAUCAAAAAUGUCAUCUGAAAAAUCUCUGAAUGAAAUGCCUGGUGUUGUAUUGUCUGCUGUUAUGGAUCACUUGGAUUUCCGAUCAAUAUUGAGAAUGCGAAAAGUUUGCCAUGAUUUACGAAAUUUUAUUGAUGAAGUCGUUCCAUCAUCUUAUAUGACGAGAAUCAUUGUCACAGUGCGGCCAUAUGACGUUGAGUUAAUUCUGGAAGAUUCGAAAACUGGAGCUAGGUAUACUACUAUAUAUGCUCAUCGAAAUGCUCAAAGUGGACGAUCCGGGUGUCGUUCUAUUAGAGGUUUUACGGCAAUUUCACUGGAAUUUUUACGUCAUCUGAUAGAGGUACUCUUGAACAAUCAAUCUCUCAAAUUUUUCUCGCUGGAGUACGAGACUUAUUACGAAUCUGAAGAAUUGAAGAGUUGGUUUGAGAUAUUGUUCGAUGGAAAUCGUCCGCAUAAUAGUCAUCAUCAGAUUUGGUACUCUAUAAUUCCCGGAAGUGAGAGAAACUUUCUAGAGAUGGAAGCGGUUCAUACAAUUACAAUGGUGAAGUGUUCACAGACACAUUUCGGCUAA